AAGCAAAGUUUGAGCAGGCGGACAUGGCUGGGAUGACUGGCAGAUGGUGACCCCGACACCUAAAUGUUUCAGAAAUCCGGGGAAGGAGGGUAGUACAUCUUUGGAUAGACCUGAGGAACUUUGUUAGUGAGAAGCUAGUGGGGCAGGAGAUGGGGAGCCAGCAGUCUCUCGGGGAAGAUCAGUCAAGAUGCACCUGAUGACCCAGCCCACCAAAGCUAGUGACAGUCAGCCGGAAUGAGAACUGCAUUGGGACGGGACGGCUACCAGCCUGGAGUUGGAGGUGCGUACAAGGCACCCUUGUUUUACCCUAAGAGGGAGUUCUUCAGGCUUUUCAAGUUAUUGACAUUUUCAAGCCUGUUAGCCACGGCACAGCGACAGAAGGUGAAGUUACUGGGAAACAGAUUGCAGCUCCAUGAACCGGAGCUCACCGUGCAAGGCCACUUCCCCCACUCCAGUCCAAAGGUGAAGGCAUGCCCUUCUUUCCGUGCCCAGCACCUCCCCUCAUGGCUCUUCCUGUCUGAGGCCUUCAGGUUCCAGUCAAGGAAAAGCCUGAGCAGGAUAGGUAGCUCUCAAUACCAAACCGGUUUUCCCACCUUGACUAGGGCUGGCACAUUACCUCUGGUAAAUUCCCAAUCCCAACAUACCCCAGCCACCAAGUUCUCCCUCCCCUGGAAUGUAAAGGGGUGGGAUGGCUACGUCGCCCUUUGUGCCUUGUUUGUCUUAGGUGCUUGCCGGAAAGGGUUGAGUCUUCUGCAUUUCUGACACUAGGGGAUUACCUCCCUUGAAAAUUAGUUUUGUUUCUUUUUUUUUUUUUAUCGCAAAUUUUGUUUUUCUUUGUUUUAAGGUAGGGAGGAACCAGGGCCUCUAGCAAUCUAGGCAAGUGUCUCACUGCUGAGCCACACUUCCCCUUGAAAGUUUUGAAACAAAGUCAAGCAAAGCAGUUGAGAUUCCAUACGUUAUCAUCCCUUCCUCUAGUUGGAAGUCUGGAGGAGAGGACCAGUAAGUCUAGUCUACCCAGUGGGCUUGCUCUGGAGUACGCAGGAGGCAGUGUGCCUUUUCUCUAGAUGCCCCUGGCUAAUUCAGGACCUUUAUCCCAAGUUCCAAGUCAAAUCUCUUUGAUCUGUCUCCGGCCAACAAGAAUGUCUCUUACCGGACUCUGAUUUAACGCACGCUGUGCUAGGUGUCAAUCACUCACUCAGGUGCCCUUAUGAAGUAACCAAAGCCAUGACAAGCAGAGGCAGAGAGGGUCAGUGAUGUGCCCAGUGCCACAUCCAUUAGCCUGUUGGAAGCAAGCUUUCUCCCCAGGCAGGCUCUAGAGAUACCCUUUAGUCCCUUGUAUUCCUUCCCUAAGAAGGGACCUGUGUUCCUAACCCUCCUGGUUGCAGAAAUCAAUUUCCAAUCCAAACUAACCUUUAGAGGGAGACAAAGGGCAUGAAGUGUCUGUAGAAGCUCUUGGCUUUCAGUGUACAGCUGACUUACAGUGCCCUCGAACCCAUACAAAUUCAAGAUACUUAUACUUUUUUUCUCCUAUUUUUAAAUUACUUUCCAAGCACACCUUUGGAACAAGUAGAUGAAAACUGUUUUCAUUCUACAAAGGAAAUGGGGUUAAGGAAUUAAGUGACCUUCCCUAAGAAAACAGAGGAUCUGCUCUCCCUGGGAGUCUGGGUUACAUACUAAAAGCUCCAGUAGAACACGUUGCUGGGAUGAGGAAAUGGAAGUGACCCUAGGUCUACAGAGCCCCGGGGAGGGAGCUACUGGGGAAGCACUAUUAAACAGUUUAUCGGGGCAGGAGAGAUGGUUUAGUGGUUAGGAGUGCUGCCUGUGCCUCCAGAGGAUCCAGGUUUGGCUCUUAGCACCCACACGGUGGCUCACAACCAUCUGUAAAACCAGUUCCAGGGGGAUCCAACCCCUGUCCUUGGUGUGCACCAGGCACACACAUGGUACACAUAGAUAAAUACAGGUAAAACACUCAUACACAUAAAAAUAAUAAUUUCAAAAUAGACAACUUAUCACACAAUCAUGAUAUGUAUCAGCUUAGUGCGCUGCCCACCCUACCUCCCACCCCGACAGUGACUUGUGUGGUGAUGCUGCCAUGCGGCUUCCUUUAGAGCUGAUAAAUGACGUGGAAAGGGAAUGGGUUUGGGGGACAUAGUAGAUUUUCGCAAAGCCCAGAAUGGGUCAGUGAUUUUUCAUCAGGUGGUGUGGGCAGAUAAAUGAUGCCUUCUUGGGGAGAAAGGAAGAUAUAAGUACAGCUAAGUGCCCUUUCAGAGUCUGGGCCCAGGGGAAGGUAACAUGGAAAAACUACAACUCCCAGAAGUCUCUGUUUCCAGGCAAGUAGCGACGGUUGCUAUGGUUUCGGAAAACAAUAUGGCUGCUCCCAGAUGGGAUUUGAAUCUGUGAGGAAUAGGGACCCAAACGUAUAUCUGAACGCUCGCAGUUGCGAGAGGAGGCAUUUGAAGGGUCCUGGGGCUGGCUCUGGGCUCUGUCUGGAACGUUGAGGCCUUGCUCUGGAUCCAAUGGAAAGCAGCGUGGAUGAGGAGGCUCUGCACCAGCUGUACCUCUGGGUAGACAACAUCCCUCUGUCCCGACCCAAGAGAAACCUCUCCCGGGACUUCAGUGACGGAGUCCUGGUUGCAGAGCUUAUCAAGUUUUACUUCCCCAAGAUGGUGGAGAUGCACAAUUAUGUCCCUGCCAAUUCUAUCCAGCAGAAGCUCAGCAACUGGGGUCACCUGAACAGAAAGGUACUGAACAAGCUGAACUUCUCUGUCCCUGACGAUGUGAUGCGGAAGAUUGCGCAGUGCUCUCCGGGGGUAGUGGAGCUAGUGCUCAUUCCACUGAGGCAGCGCUUGGAGGAGCGCCAGAAGCGCCAGAAGCUGGGUGUUGGCUCCUUACAGGAGCUGGCUCCUCAGGAUAGCAGUGGCUACAUGGAUAUGGGUUUGUCCCAGAAGGUUCGAGGAGACGGUGCCCCAGCCUUGGGAGAACAGCUCAGAGAGGGCCGUCCGCUGGCUUCCCGACCCCCUGGGUAUAAUCAGGCGCUGCAGGGUGAUCCGAGCUUCGUCCUCCAGAUCGCUGAAAAGGAGCAGGAGUUGUUGGCCUCUCAAGAGACAGUACAGGUCCUUCAGAUGAAGGUGAAGCGUCUGGAACACCUGCUCCAACUUAAGAACGUGCGCAUCGAUGACCUUUCCCGGCGGCUCCAGCAGGCCGAGCGCAAGCAGCGGUGAGCGGUGCCAGGGCAGCGCGGCGCUUCCCAGUACCCGCCAGCGCCCAGUCGCCGCGACCCACCCACUCACCUGCAGAUUCAGGGCUGGGAGGGCGGAGCGAGCUGCUCACGCGCGCCUCCUGCAGUUACGGCGGCGCUCGGCUGCGGAGGGUUCGGGCGAACGUGGGGGUGCUCAAAACCGAGGCCGGGGACUGAUCCUCCUCCUUACACUCCAUCUGGGCCAGGAAAAGGGACCACUUUCCACAGCCCAGAAAACCUGUACGAACACACCGCAUGACCUCCCAAGUCGUGUCCACUUUGAAGCUCCCAGCGCUGGGCCUGGAGAGGCGGUCCUCUGGCUCGUUUCACUCCCCUAGAACCGGUUCCUUUCUCAGCAUAGAAGACAGCUUCAUCUCUAUCCAUUCUAAAUCUCCAUGGCCUCCGACACGCGAGAAAUUAUCCCCGGAAGCUGAGGAAUUCUCUUGCCCCUCCUGGAUGCUGACCUGGGACCCGUCUCAGAGCUGGAAAUCACAGCAGCUGAAGAGGAAGGGAUAAAGUGUUGAAGUAGAGUGAGGGAGGCCUCCAGCUCUCCUGGAGCAUUAUAAGGAGUGCCUGGGGAAGACAGGGCAGAGUUGUGUCCAUUAAAGGUGGUGGUGUGCGUUCUUUCCUGUGCCUGCCUUCUCUUUCA